AUGAAAGUUCCUACUAUUUUUAAGUCUGUGAGAUAUACUUUAGCUGGGGUUAAUGGUAUAUUUUCGAUAACGGGUAUUCUUCUAUUGAUUACUGGAAUAGUGGCCAUUGUGGAAUAUUCAUAUUAUACGGACUUGAUAACGAAGCGAUUCUUGACAUUGCCCGGUUUUGUCAUUGCAACGGGUGUGAUUAUUAUGAUCACUGCUGUUGUUGGGUUCUAUGGAGCUAUAUCUGAACACUUCUACGUUAUUGCAGCGUACGUAAUGCUCUUAGUGGCGAUUUUAGUUUUCGAGAUCUCUAUGACGAUUGUAGCGUUUGGCUUGGAGAGUGAUGCAGUUUCCGAGAUAAGGACUCCGAUGAUUCAAAGCCUUCAGCUCUAUGAGAAAAGGUUGGAUAUUGCCAAGAUGUGGGAUGAUCUGCAAAUGGGGUUUGAGUGCUGCGGUGUCGCCGGGCGCCACGAUUGGAUAUCGAAUCGGAUACCCGUCAGCUGCUGCCACAUUGACUACGGCACGAUUUCGCCCUUUGAAUGUACAUCUGGGAACGCUUACAACGUGGGUUGCGCUAGUGCACUUGGCGAAUGGUUGGGCCACUACGCGUUUAUCAUAGGUGUCAUUGCGGGGACUGUCACUUCUUUACAGGUAUUGAUCACAGCAGCGUCUGCCUGGUUAGCUUGGAGAUCAAAAUUCGAAGAAGUUGAACUAGAGUCUUGA